AUGGCAAAACGUCGCCACGCCGCGACCCGCCAGGAGCGUGUUGCCACCUCAAGUGCGUCUCAUUUUGUAUUCGGAGGCAACCCUCCGCCUGAGGGAGAGUUGGAGGCGAGAGAGAGGUUCGAAUGCAUCCCUCCAGGAAAACAUAGGCCUCCAAGCAAAGGUCUAUUAUUCAGAUGCAGGAAUUCGUUCUUCGGGCGGACGUACAACAACGUGUCGUCUCUGGGCGAGUGCAAGAACGGCGGCCGCUGCGUCAUCAACAAGAAGAACCGCACCGCGUGCAAGGCCUGCCGCCUGCGCAAGUGCCUGCUCGUCGGCAUGUCCAAGAGCGGAUCCAGGUACGGGCGUCGCUCCAACUGGUUCAAGAUCCACUGCCUUCUUCAGGAGCAGGUGUCGCUGGCCUCUCCGACGGAGCACACGUCGCCGAGCGCCCUGGCCGUGCAGGAGGCCAAGCGGGCGCUGCAGGGCCUCGCCUCGCAGGGCCCUUCGCCCACGCAGGACUCGCCGCGGAAGGCCGGAGACGCCGAGGAGGAGCCGCGAGUCAUCCUCAAGGAGGAGGACCGCGACUCGCCCGCCCUCAGCAGCCCCGAGUCUCAGGCGUCGGACAAUUCCCUGGAGUCGCCCCUGGACCCGCGGAGGCCCCCGGCGGCCUUCCAGCUGUACCCGAAGCUGGGGGCGCUGUCCCCGUUCUUCCUGCACGCGGGCACGGCGCUGGCCAGCCCCUCGUCCCCCUACUCUCGGCUCCCCCUCUACCCCUAUCUGUACCCCGUGCUCAGCAGGCCGGCUGAAACCACGCCCGUGUCCUCCCCGCCCGUGUCGUCCCCCUCGCCGUCCCUCUCCCACGCCCGCACGCACUCCCCGGGCAGCGCCCACGAGCCCACCAGCCCGCACUCGCCCCACCUCUCGCAUUCCCCCGUCGCCGUCCACCUACGGGAGCUAGCCCACUCGCCCGCCGUCUCUACCAGUCAUCUCAGCCUGACGAUAACGCCCGCGCACGCCAGUACCCACGCCCUCAGCAGUCCCCAUUUCCAUGCACUCAAAAGUCCCCACGCCCAUGUCAGCAGCCCUUAUAUUCACAGAAGCCCCCCAGCCCACAGCCACCCCCCUGCCAACGCCAACUUCCCCCCCAUCCGCGGCAGUCCCCUGCCGGCCCACGGGGUCGCGCAGCCCCCGUCGGCUCACCACGCCAUCGCCGACAAGGAAAACAACAACAACAACAACAGCAAGAACAACAACAACACCAACAACCACAGCAUCGAGGACCUGAGCAAGAAGCCGCGUCCCUCGGGAGACGACCUCGCUCGCCCUGCGUCCCCCCGCUGCGGAGACGAGGCCGACGAGCAAAAGGAACCGAUCGACCUCUCGCUGAAGAAGACGCCUCCCACGCCCACGCCCGUGAGCCAAGACCCCGAGACCAAAGCGACCUCGCCCGCGGACAGCCAGGUCGUGUCCUACAGCAUGAAGGUGACCACGGCGUCCCUGAGCCCCGGGCAGACGCAGGAAACCUCCACGUCUCCUGUCGAUCUCUCCUGCCGAGCUUGAGGAGGACGCCCCCCUUCGCCUGUCCCUCAAGUGCCAGUAUCUCGCCUCGUUAAGACUGUGCUGGUGAAGCGUCUUUAUAAGGAAAAUAUAUAUAUGUACAUAUGUAUACAUAGACAGAUAUAUAUAUAAAGAAAAAGAACUAUAUUUUGAUGGAAUGCCGGUGUUAUUUCAUUAAGUCUGAUUACCUUGCGCUCAAACAGAGAUUUUUCUUUGGAGCGUUUUUAUGGCCUUUUAUUACGAAUAGUAUACAGUGAUACGAGUAACUGUGAGAUUAUAUAUAGUUAUAAAAGAUUGAUAAAGCUAUUGACUCUUGUAUAGUGAUACAGUGUUAUUACUGACCAUAUCGUUUUUAUACCAGUGUCUAAGUGAUAAACCUAUAUAGAUUAAGAAUUGUAAUUCGUCUAUCGAACUUUCAUUUGUGUUGUGAAUAGAUUUAUAUCGUUUUCUUCCAAUUCUUCUUUUAGCUAGAUUUAUUAUCAUUUUUGUAGUAUUGUGCAACGGAAUUUUUUUAUUAUAACUGUAUUACAUUUCAUUUCCACA